CUAGUCAACUGUCGCGGCAUCGACGAUCUUACAUUACGAGUUUCCGGUGAUUUUUUUCGUUCCGUUGAUAUUGUUUAAUCGAGCGCAGCGGUAGCCGUGAUUUAUCCCAUACGAAUAUCGAACGAUCGAAUAAUCGAGAGGCGGUCGUGGGCAUUUAAUAUCCAGCUGUGUAGAGUUGACAGCCAUGCACAAGGGACGUUCAAAUAGCGGCGCAGUUUAUUUUUGAACAGGGGGUUGCGUUGGAUUUGUUGACGAUUCGCAUUCGAGGAUGAAGAAGGGUGUCGGAUUCGAACCUUUGAGGAAACGCACCGAGAACUCGAUACUAUCACGAGCAAAGGAAGGAUCUCGCACAGUAAAUUAUUUUUCUCGCUUAUAAGUUCGCGGAGUUGGUUUUUUUCCAUUUGACUCCGUCAAUCGUCGGAUAAUCGGUGAAUCGCGUAACGCGCUCCAAAGCUGAUGGUGUCGUGACGAUGGAGAAUAUAUUGUCGAAUGUGUGUACGUAAUCGAAGAUAUGUGGUCUAAAUUGCGUGGCAUUUGAUCCGUGUAUCGGACGUGUUUCGCUGGCACGUUUACGAUUUCGAUGUUAUUCGGUGAGAUGUUAUUUACUGCGACGAACGAAAGACGUCGAGCAAUUGUUCGGGAAAGAGGGUCAGCUUUUUUCCGAGGUCCACGAUUAUCCGAAAUAAAAUAUCGUUGACCCAGUUAGCCGCGUAAAAGUAAUUAGACAUUCGCGGCUGUGUAGACUGGCAGGGACCGUAGGUGAGAGCAGAGUGUUGAUCGAUCCUUCGUCGUUGCCGAGCGCAUGUACGCGAUCCAUCGUAAAUUCACGUUUCCACUUGUGUAUCGGUGCGUGCGGUGACAUCGGCUUGAAAUACGACACGCGGGACAACCAUCGGCAAGUUACGAUGCCUAGAAGAGGAGCAAAUUUAGUCUCAUACGGGUAAUUCAAAUCCCCAGCCAGAUUUGUGGUUCGUGGUUCGUGUGGUCGAGCGAGAAGAUUCAAAGGGGGCGAGUGUGUCGAUCAUAGUGGAGGAAUCAGGGGACAAUGAUGCCCCCCAUAAUAGGGGAAACACUGCGCGUAUGGUUUCUCUCGGCAUUGGUGGUUCACGGCGCUGUCGCCGGCAAUCCGGAUGCAAAACGCCUUUACGACGACCUGUUAUCUAACUACAACAAACUAGUACGCCCUGUUGUGAAUACAUCGGACGUACUACGCGUGUGCAUUAAACUCAAGCUCUCGCAGCUCAUCGAUGUGAACUUGAAGAAUCAGAUCAUGACUACGAAUCUAUGGGUUGAACAGUCAUGGUACGAUUACAAGCUGCGAUGGGAGCCAAAGGAGUACGGAGGGGUCCAUAUGUUACACGUGCCCUCUGACCACAUAUGGCGGCCCGACAUAGUCCUCUACAACAACGCGGACGGCAACUUCGAGGUGACCUUGGCCACGAAGGCCACCAUCUACCAUCAAGGAUUGGUCGAGUGGAAGCCACCCGCCAUUUAUAAGUCAUCCUGCGAGAUCGACGUGGAGUACUUCCCAUUCGACGAGCAGACCUGCGUCCUCAAGUUCGGUUCGUGGACCUAUGACGGCUUCAAGGUCGAUCUAAGGCACAUGGACGAGAAAUCGAAAAGCAACGUGGUGGAUGUCGGAGUCGACCUUUCCGAGUUCUACAUGUCGGUAGAAUGGGACAUUCUAGAAGUGCCUGCUGUACGAAAUGAAAAAUUUUACACCUGCUGCGACGAGCCGUACCUGGAUAUUACCUUUAAUAUAACGAUGAGGAGAAAGACACUUUUCUACACUGUGAACAUAAUCAUUCCCUGUAUGGGAAUUUCCUUCCUUACGGUACUGACAUUCUAUCUACCCAGCGACAGUGGGGAAAAGGUCACGCUCUCCAUUUCCAUUCUCAUCAGUCUUCAUGUGUUCUUCCUGUUGGUCGUCGAGAUCAUUCCGCCUACGUCGCUGGUCGUGCCGCUGCUUGGAAAGUACCUGAUAUUCGCCAUGAUACUCGUUUCGAUAAGUAUAUGCGUAACCGUGGUUGUCCUGAACGUCCACUUCCGGUCACCGCAAACACACAAAAUGGCUCCUUGGGUAAAAAGAGUUUUUAUCCACAUUCUUCCUCGCUUGCUGGUCAUGCGAAGGCCUCAAUAUAAAUUUGAUACGAAUAGAUAUACUUCUAGCAGAGUGUUAAUGAGAACUGUCAGGGGAAAAGAGAAGGCUUGCUAUUAUCCCUAUCGUUCAUCCACUCAAGAGGACAGCGAAGAGCAUCUAACACCUAAGCGAUUUCAUAGUCGUGUUCCUUCGAAAGAAGACCUCUCACCUUCCAGCCUAACGGAUGGUGCAAGAUUCGGUGGGAGUUGUUUAAUUCACGGACCAACGUUACCGCCGCUUCCUCUUCAAUCCGAGUGCGAUAAUCUCUCCGUUUCCGGGGAAGCAGGUAUCGAAGAAGUGAAAAGUCCAGUUCUACGAAGUCCUCCACCAUUUUCGCAUUCGCGUUGCCCUCCUGAAAUUCACAAAUCUUGCAUUUGUGUGCGUUUCAUCGCGGAACACACCAAAAUGCUCGAGGAUUCGACCAAGGUGAAAGAGGACUGGAAGUACGUGGCGAUGGUCCUAGACAGACUGUUCCUUUGGAUUUUCACUUUGGCGGUCCUGGUUGGCACGGCUGGAAUUAUCUUACAAGCACCGACCCUCUACGAUGACCGGGUUCCGAUUGAUAAAAAAUUCAGCGAUUUUGCAACCACAACGGUAGUAAACUGCCCGCCGCAAUAGUCUAUGCCUGAGCUCUGUACCGUAGAUAAAGACUAAGGACCAACGCCCGGAAGUAACUUGGUACCAACCCGGAAUCCCAUUCUAGUCUCAGGAACUUCCAACUUCCAUCAACGUUCGGUAACGAAAUUACGGUAAAAGGGCUCCAUUUUCUAAAACGAUUGUAAAGUAUACGACGUACACCGUGCUUCGUGCUU